AUGCCUGGUCUGAAUCCCAUUUCUCGCUAUGAGCGACCUUCGCCUUUCCAACGCGCUGACUCGGACAACACGAAACAAGAAAUCAUGCACGAAGAGGUAGUUUCACCCGGAAUCAAGGAGACGAACACAGCGCAACCCGGCCGUGGAGAACUCGUCCGCGGACUCAAGCAGCGCCAUGUGGCAAUGAUAGCUAUCGCCGGUUCCAUUGGUACUGGAUUGAUCAUUGGCACAGGCGCUGCCCUCGCAAAGGCCGGCCCCGCCGGUAUAUUCAUCACCUACUCCAUGGUAGGCCUCAUUGUCUUCCAGGUGCUAAGCGGAAUGGGUGAGAUGGCUGCAUGGCUACCCAUGCCAUCAGGCUUCACUGGCUAUGCCACGCGCUUUGUCGAUCCGUCUCUGGGGUUUGCUCUGGGCUGGGUCUACUGGUGUAGGUAUAUCGUCGCUAUGCCGAACCAGCUAGUAGCCUCGUCCCUGGUCAUCCAAUACUGGCUGCCGAGUGAUAAGGUAAAUCCGGCGGUGUUCGUCGCCAUCUUCCUGGUAGCCAUUAUCUUUAUCAACUUUUUCGGGGUCGCCGUAUUUGGCGAGAUGGAAUUUUGGUUCGGUCUCAUCAAAUGCAUCACGUUACUCGGCCUGAUCAUCCUGUGCGUUAUCCUUGCUGCAGGAGGGGGCCCAAAUCACCACGCUACUGGAUUCCAAUACUGGUCUGAUCCUGGAGCUUUUCACCCUUACAUACUACAUGGCUCUGCGGGCAACUUUCUUUCGUUUUGGUCUGGUUCCAUUGACGCCGUUUUCGCAUAUGCUGGCAUCGAGCUGAUUGGCGUCACUGCCGGCGAAACUCAGAAUCCCACGAAAGCCAUUCCAAAAGCGAUCAGGCUAACCUUUGUGCGCAUAUGCUUCUUCUAUGUUGCCGCCGUGUUUGUGUUGGGCCUACUUGUGCCUUACAACAGCGAGGAACUCCUCUUUGCUGUUAAAUCCAGGGCCUCUGCGAAUGCUAGUCCGUUUAUUGUGGCUGUUGUUCUGGCGGGAAUCCCAGUGCUGCCAGGCUUCUUCAACGCUUGCAUCCUAUUCUUCACAUUCUCAACAGCUAGUUCUGAUCUGUACGUCGCCGUGCGGACCCUCUACGGCCUUGCAAAAGAGAAUAAGGCACCGGCUAUAUUCGCUCGAACAGACAACCGAGGAGUGCCGCUCUAUGCUCUUGCUGCAAGCUCCAUUUUCGGCUGCUUAGGCUUCAUGACUGCGCGGUCGGCUGGAAAAGUUGUCUUCACUUAUUUGGUCAACGUAGUUACUAUUUUUGGGCUUCUCACUUGGAUAAGCCUUCUGGUCGCGCACAUUGGCUUUGUGCGCGCCAGGCGGGCGCAGGGCGUAGCCAAUUCGCAGAUGCACUACGUUGCUCCUGCUGGGAUCAUUGGCUCCUACGCAGCUCUGGUUGUCUGCGUAUUGAUUGCCCUGUUCAAAAACUUUGAUGUUUUCGUCCCCUCUGUUAAUGGAGGACAAUUCAACUACAAAGGCUUUAUCACGGGAUAUCUGGGCAUUCCCCUCUAUCUGGUGCUGAUAUUUGGGUGCAAGUGGUACUGGCGCCCGCGCAGAUAG